AGUCCCGUUUGGACGCUAGUAAUAAUAAUCCUUAAACUCUUGUCGAUAUUUUUCUAGAUAAGCAACUUGUCUUAUACUUAAUCCUCUGACAAAGGAGAGUGAAAAAAAAGGACUCAACAUGUUCAAUGAUCAUCAAAAUCAACAACAAGAAUUUGAAGUUGGUAAUUUCAUGUUAGAAGAGAUCAACUUCGACCCUUUUCACCAACCAACACAACAAUUUCAAGAAACAAUAACAACAUGGCCAAAAAAUCACAAUCAUAAACUCUCAUCAAUUCCAACAAAACCUUUACAAAACAAUAUAUCUUUAUCAUCCUUAGAGAUUCUAAGAAACCAUGGAACCAGAUUCAUGAAAAACAUAACAAAUACUAAAAAAACUUCAUUAGAUAAUGAACAAGAAAAGGUUUCAGCAGAAGGAAUAAUUAGAGUAGCUGGAACAAGAUAUGCUCAAAAAUAUUCUUCUCAUUGGAAUGAUGGUUUUUCUAUACCAACUCACCCUUAUGGAUUUGACCAAUGGAAUUUCUCAGAGGAAGAAAAUAAAGAUGUUGAACUUUCACAGUUUCUCUUUGCAGCAGCUGAAAAAGUAAGUUUUCAACAAUUUGAACGUGCAAAAAAAUUGCUUUUUUAUUGUCAAUGGAAUUCAUCUGCAACAGGAAACUCUGUUCAAAGAAUUGUCUUUCAUUUUUCUCAAGCACUUUUAGAAAGAAUAGAGAAAGAAACAAGAAGGUUUACAAAAGGGUCAUUGAAAAAUGAAGAAAGUGAGUUACUUAGGAAGAUGGAUUUAAAUAAAUCACUUUUGUGUCAUAUAAAAAUUCCUUUUAAUCAAGUGAUGCAAUUCAUUGGAAUACAAGCUAUAGUGGAACAUGUUGUGUAUGAUACUAGAAUUCAUCUAAUAGAUUUGGAUAUAAAAAGUGGGGUCCAAUGUAUAGCUUUGAUGCAAGCAUUGAUUGAGAGACAAGAUUUCAUGGUUGAGAUUUUUAAGGUAACUGCUGUUGGACUUAAUUCAUGCAAAAACAAAAUUGAGGAAACAGGUAAAAACUUAGCUAGUUUUGCUGAAUCUUUGAAAUUACCAUUUUUAUAUAAAUGUGUUUUAGUAGAAGACAUGAUGGAAAUUAAGGAAGUUGAUUUUGAGAUUGAAGAGAAUGAAGCUGUUGCUGUUUACUCUCCUUAUUUUCUAAGGUCUUUGAUAUCAAGACAAGAUUGUAUGGAAAAUUUGAUGAGGGUUUUGAGAUAUAUAAAACCAUCUAUUAUGAUAAUACUUGAAAUGGAAGCAAGCCAUAAUUCGCCGUCUUUUGUGAACCGAUUCAUGGAAGCAUUAUUUUUCUACUCGGCUUUUUUCGAUGUCGUUGAAACAUGUAUGAAAGAGGAGGAUGAUUGUAGAAUGAUGACAGAAGCAAUAUUAUCUGCAGGGAUAAGAAAUAUUGUUGGUGCAGAAGGUAGGGAAAGGAAUGUUAGAAAUGUGAAGAUUGAUGUUUGGAGAAGGUUCUUUGCAAGGUAUAGAAUGGUGGAAAGUGGUUUUAGUGAGGCAUGUGUUUACCAAGGUGAACUGGUGGCUAAAGAGUUUGUUUAUGGGAAAUUUUGUAAUGUGGAAAAGAAUGGGAAGUGUUUGAUAUUGGGAUGGAAGGGGACUCCAAUGCAUUCAAUCUCAGCUUGGAGGUUUCUUUGACAAAAUUAUUGAGUGAUAGUAUAUGGAGUUUUUCAAUCUUCAUUCCUUAAUGCUAAGUGCUUUUCAAAUUCAUUAUUUGAUGGCUUGUUUAAAUUAGUUUCUAGAAUUUGAUUGCUGAA